CUCAGCGAGAUGAGGCGGCUGAGUGACAGGACGGCCUCCAUGAACCAUCUGGAGAAAAUCCGCAACCUCCAAGGCCUGACUCCCCUGCAGCUGGCAGCCAAGGAGGGCCAGCUCGAGCUGUUCCAUUGCAUCCUAAACCGAGAGCUCUCCCCGGGAGACAUGAUGGCCUACCUGGGCAGAAAGUUCUGCGAGUGGUCCUACGGGCCCAUAAGCUGCUCCCUGUACGACCUGAGUGAAGUGGACACCACGGAGCCCAACUCUGCCCUCAAGAUGGUCGCCUUCCACCCCGACAUGGAGAAAGCCUCCGACCUGCUGGUGGUGGAGCCCCUGCGGAGUCUGCUGCAAGCCAAGUGGGCCUCCUUUGCGGGCGCCCUGUUCGCCAUCAGCACCGCCUGGUACCUCAGCUACAUCGGGCUUUUCACGGCGCUCACGGCCCAGCGGCCGGGGAUGGAGGGGAGCCAGGAGUCUCCUGGCCCAGCCCAGAGCGAGAGCCCCUGGAGGAUCUGGGGGCAGGUGUACGUCUUCCUGUCGGCCGUGGCCAUGAUAGUGAAGACGGGCCUGGACAUCAACUGGAUGAGGCCCUUCCGGCUCGCGCCCUUCCUGCUGCAAAGCUAUUUCCACGUGCUCUGUCUCUUCCAGGCCGGGCUGGUGCUCUGCUCUCUGGGGCUGUCCUGGGGCCGGGCGGAGACCGCGGCCGUGGUGCAGAUCCCGGCUCUGGUGCUGGGCUGGUUCAAUCUGCUCUACUACUCUCGGGGCUUCAAGCUCACGGGCAUCUACACGGUGGUCCUGCAGAAGAUGAUUCUCCACGACGUGGCCAGGUUCCUGUUAGUAUAUGUGGUUUUCCUCGUGGGUUUUGCUUCUGCCCUCUCGGCCCUGUCCGGUCCGUGUCCGGGGCCCGACCACUGUCCCUACGAUUCCGUGGGGAAUGCGUCGGGGGCCCUUUUCAAGCUGACCCUUGGGCUCGGGGACCUGUCCGGCCCGGAGCACUCCAGCUUUCCAGGCUUCUUCCUCUUCGUCCUCAUCAUCUACGUGAUUCUCACCUCCGUGCUUCUCCUCAACAUGCUGAUCGCCCUCAUGAGCGAGACUGCCACUGAGGUGUCCUCCAGGAACGAGAAAAUCUGGCAGGUGCAGAGAGCCAUCACUAUCCUGGACAUGGAGAGGUGUCUGCCAAUGGCCUGGCGCCAGAGGCUCCUGCGGGACAAGAUUCUCCGUGACCAGAAGGUGGGGCUGACCCCGAGCCAGGACGACGACCUGAGGACGUGCUUGCGGUAUGGAAAAAUAAACGUGACUCCGUGCCCAGUGUCCUGGUCCAGGAGUCAGAAGGGCCUGAGUUCAAAUCUGGCUUCAAACCUAGCUGUGGGACUCUGGGAAAACCAUGCCCCUUCUGGCUGCCUCAGUUUCCCCAUCUGUGAAAUGGAUUGUUGCGAGGAUCAAAUCAGAUAGUAAUUGUAAAGUGCUCAGUGCCUGACACAGGACAAGAGCGAAAUAAAAAUCCACCCUUGUUACGGCCGUUUUGAUGGGGACGGGAAGAAGCUGCUCUUCGGUCUGUUCACCCCUUCACGGAGGACGGUUCCUGUCCCCUGUUCGAAGCCAGCCCCCCGCUUGCCCUGGGAAGCUCCGGAGACGCCCCGCUUCCCAGCCGCCACCUGCAGGCCAGGGCUGGAGAAGGCCCCGCUGCCACUGCCCGGUCCGGCUGUCCUGCUGCCUCCGGGCCUUCUCGGGCCCUGCCCCCGCGGGCCUCAGCAAGGCUGCUUUGCUUGUUGGUGGGAGGACUGGCUUGUCCCGGAGAAGAGGUUGCCAGGAAGCUCACUCAGGGUGGGGGACGGCACCAGGGGCAUCAGGCGGGGAACACGCCCUGGCCCCCAGUCUCUGAGCCUGUCACGCCCCUGCGGAGCCCUCAGUUCUGACUCGUGUCCUCCCCUACACGGUCUGAGGCACCUUCUUCCUGGCCCUGGACACCCCAGAUCUGCAGCCCUGCCCCCCCUUCCCCCCACAGUUAUAGGAGGGCCCCCUCCUUAAUCGUCUGCAGCUGGGGUUCUCUACCUGGCUGUGUGGAGUGGGCCGUAGGUUGGCCCCUGUCCUCACUCGCUGUGCAACUAGUAAGCACCUAGUGUCUGCAGAGCCCCAAGGACUGUCCAGGGCUGGGCUGGUUCCCAGAGUCAGGCAGGAGCCAGUCAUGGGUCCCACCCGGAAAAAGAAACCCAGCAGGAGAAGCCCCAGCUCCAGCCCCCACACCCAGGCUCGUGAGACCCCCCCCAGGCCAAGAACAACCCCAAACUGUGGGUCCCCAUUGAAGCAGCUCAGAAGUGAAA